CACAGCAGCGCGCGCAUCGCCCAACCAGCACGGUGGUGUCAGGCCAGCAGGAUGAAGCAGCGGGUGUUGGCAGUGAAAGUUUCCAUUCUCGCUCUGUGUUUGAGUUCCUGCUCCUCGCAGACUUACGUGCUGACCGAUACAGAGGGUCUGGGCAGAGUGUUUGACGGAGUUGGAGGUUUGAGCGGCGGAGGGGCUACGUCUCGUUUACUCGUGAAUUACGCUGAGCCGUACCGCAGCCAGAUAUUAGACUACCUGUUUAAGCCAAACUUUGGAGCCUCGUUGCACAUACUAAAGGUGGAGAUCGGAGGAGACGCUCAGACUACUGAUGGAACGGAGCCGUCAUACAUGCACUAUGAGAAUGAUGAGAACUUCUUCCGAGGAUAUGAGUGGUGGCUGAUGAAAGAGGCUAAGAAGAGGAAUCCAAAUAUCACACUCAUAGGUUUGCCCUGGGCGUUUCCUGGUUGGGUGGGCCAUGGGAAGAACUGGCCCUAUGACUUCCCUGACAUCACUGCAGCAUACGUGGUGAACUGGAUCCUUGGUGCCAAGCAGUACCAUGACCUGGACAUUGACUAUGUUGGGAUUUGGAAUGAGCGAAACUUUGACAGCAAGUACAUCAAGCUGCUGCGCUACACUCUGGAUAAGAGUGGUCUGGAGAAUGUCAGGAUCAUAGCCAGUGACAACCUGUGGGAGCCCAUUGUCCUGUCUCUGCUGCUAGACCCCGAGCUCAGCAGAGCUGUAGAUGUGAUAGGGGCCCACUACCCAGGCACCACCACAGUGAAGGAGGCCCUAAAGACACAGAAGCAGCUGUGGUCUUCAGAGGACUACAGCACCUUCAAUGAUGAGGUGGGAGGAGGCUGCUGGGCUCGCAUCCUCAACCAGAACUACGUCAACGGACUCAUGACUGCCACUAUUUCCUGGAACCUGGUAGCCAGCUACUAUGAGGAGUUGCCCUUCGGCCGGGAUGGGCUGAUGACGGCGGAGGAGCCCUGGAGCGGCAACUACGUGGUGGAGUCCCCAAUCUGGAUCACAGCCCACACUACACAGUUCACCCGGCCAGGAUGGAGCUACCUGCAGACUGUUGGACAUCUGGCACAAGGUGGAAGUUAUGUAGCCCUGACUGACCAGAAAGGAAACCUCACUGUUGUCAUAGAAACCAUGACUCACAAUCAUUCGGUGUGCAUAAGACCUCCUCUCCCUGCCUUCAAUGUGACACCCCAGACUGCAACUUUCCAGCUGAAGGGAUCCUUUGCUUCCAUUAAGGAACUCCAAGUAUGGCGGUCACAGUUUAACUUCAAAAGCAAAAAGCCCUCCUUCUUUGAAAAGCUGACUCCAGUCAAGCUGUUAAAUGGAUCAUUCACCUUAAACCUGGCAGAAGAUGAAGUUUACACACUAACCACACUGACAAGAGGACAGAAAGGCACCUACCCUGACCCUCCUCCCUCCACUCGCUUCCCUAAAGUCUACAAGGACAACUUUGAUGUCAUAAACCCGCCCUUCUCAGAGGCUCCAAACUUUGCUGACCAGACAGGAGUGUUUGAGUACUACAUCAACAUGAGCGACCCCGGAGAUCACGUCUUCACCUUGCGACAGGUUCUCACCCAGAGACCCAUCACAUGGGCCACAGAUGCCGACCAGACCAUCAGUGUCAUAGGAGACUAUCAGUGGCAGAACCUAACAGUUACAUGUGAUGUCUUCAUGGAGAGCGUUAAGACUGGUGGUGUGUUCAUAGCAGCCAGGGUGGAUAAAGGGGGCCAGUCAGUCCGCAGCGCUAAAGGAGUCUUCUUCUGGGUGUUUGCUGAUGGCACAUACCAAGUUACCAAUGAUCUCGCUCGGCAGACUGUGCUGGCAGAGACUGGACUGUCUGGAACCGGAGCAUAUGGUUGGCACACCUUAUCACUCACUGUGGAAGGUCAGUAUGCCUCAGGCCUGCUGAAUGGAUACCCUCUGUGGAAUUAUGCUGUCGUACUGACACCAAAGCACGGCUGGGCUGCCAUAGGAACACGCUCAUUUGAACUGGCUCAAUUUGAUAACUUUACUGUAGCAGCAGAAUAAGGAUUUCACUAUCAAACAAUGAUUUACACUGUGCUCUCAAUGUUGUGAUCAGUUUAAUUUGUUAACACUUCAGUGUGCUAAAUACAGACUUGAUUUUUUCUCUAUAAAGUUUUAAAAGCACAAGACACAAGAAUGAAGAGUAUCUACUGUAACAUACAUCUCAGCAUUGAAGUUGCUUUCUGAUACAAUUGUAAAUAAUUUUGCAGUGUGUUUUAUGAAAUUAAAUGACUUAAUAUGUUUUGCUUUGUAAUGAUAAAAAAUCAAAGGGCUGCAAAGAAAGGAGAAAUAAAAAAGUGGUCAUAAUUAUUUUUUUUCAUCUGGUUGUCUUUGAAAAAUCACUGCAUGUGAAUCAGCUUAAUUUGUUCUCAACAUUCACUUGUCUUGAUUCAUUAUCUGAAGGAAGUCUGAACAGGUGUUUGAGUGUAGAACGGCAUUUGUGCAGUCACCCAGUCCCAGGA